GAUUUGUCGGCAUUUACUUCAAGAAUCUGCCUGCACCUGUUGUUAAUUUGCCUGAAACUGCUGCUGAACGCCAUGCGCACGCCGGGUCUACAUAUAUUUGGGAUGGUUUUUGCUCCCUGCGGCUUGGUGCUGGAUCUGACCAGCACUGUAGCUCCGAACUGGAGAGUACUCAGUAGCAUUCCGAAUCAAGCCUCCGAUGUGAUACUUCAGCAGGGGAUCUGGGAUAUAUGCCAAGCUUCCACGAUUACCACCACGGUAACGUGUAGCCAGCCAGACGUAACUUACUUCAGCCAACAGAUAAUCCCAGUCGCCAAGGGCUUGAUGAUCGCAUCUCUUCUGGUCACACUGCUGGGCAUUGCAGUGGCCACAGCUGGAGUUAGAUGUUGGAGAGAUCGGCCAAACUGGAUAAUCGCAGGAAUUGGGGGUAUCUUUAUAUUCCUCUCUGGUGUCAUGACUCUGAUUCCCAUUUCGUGGUACACGAACGUCAUAACAACCAUCCCUUCAGUGACCCAGAGCAUCGCACCGGGAUAUUGCAUCGUUCUGGGUUUUAUCGGCGGCAUCAUGGAAGUUCUCAGUGGGGCAGCCCUGGUAAUCGGAAUGUGCUCUUGCUGCGGCGGGUGGAACCGGGGAGAGAGACGUUCAAAAAUCAAAACCACUUACUUCCACAACAGAGCGGCAGUGCCCCGGAGGAUCGAGGUGCCUAACAUCAGCAGGACCAGGAGCGAUGCCAGCAGCGUCCCGUACUCCAGAGACACUCUGGACGACCGGGAUUUUCCUCGGGCGAAGACUCCAGGGAGGAUCAACACCACGUACAGCAGCAAAAUGGGCGACGCUGACUUGUGAAAACCGUCAGGAUUAUGCACACUAUCCGCUAUGAAGAGAUUGAAUGAGUAGCCCAAGGGACAAUGGACAAUUUGUGCAUUAAACCUUCUCCUCCCCAUGAAGACGCAUUUUAAGGACAAGGGGUAACAUACAUUAAUGUAACAAAACAUACAACUACAAAAACCAAAUUUGUAUCCCACUUUACUAACACUAAGCUCUAUAUAUGGCCGGUGUGGUUAUGUCUUAUUUUAAAUAUAAAAAUAAAUUCUGCAGUACUAUUAUCAAAAA